AUGGCCGCAAAAGCGCAGCUUUCCAGCUGGCCAGAGUAUCCAGAAGACUUCGCCCUGCUGCAGCAGCGCAGCUUGGCUCACAUCAACUCCAAAACUUGGAUUUCGGCGAAUUCAAUCCGUGCGUUCUCAAGGAGAGAAGCGCACGCAGCUGCUGACGCAGGGAUCUCACUGGAGGAACUUGUGCCAAUGAGUAAACUCCACGAGAGCGUGUCUACUGCGAGCGUCACAGACACGGACCCCGCUAAGGUAACUGAUGGAGGCAAGACGAGCAACUUCGGCCCUCAGAGACACAGGCGCGUAGCAGCCAACGCCAGGGAGAGGAGGAGGAUGCAUGGCCUAAACAAAGCUUUUGAUGAGCUGCGGAGUGUUAUCCCGUCCCUGGAAAACGAGAAAAAGUUGUCCAAAUAUGACACCCUGCAAAUGGCGCAGAUUUACAUCACAGAGUUAUCCGAGCUCCUUGCCGGUGUAGUUCACCCAGAGUGCAGGAGUCCUCGUUCAGGGUCGGUGGAGAAGACCUCCAGGAGGAGCCUGGUGCACUCCUUCCGGCCAGCAACCACCGCGCAGCCCCCCACCCUGCUGACCACAGAGCAGCAUCCACGAGACCCAUCCGCUUCUAUCAAUCAGCUGAUUAUACUCGGAGCUACAUCUGACUCGGAGUCAAAUAAAUCAGGGGUUUCCUCUCACUGCAGUGAUGGAGAAUCCUCGCAUCUCAGCGACAUGGAGGACGGUCAGAGUGGGAGACAGCUGACAGAGAACGAUUACCACUGACCUCUAAC